CGUUUUUUCCACUCAUUACAAUCGGUGAUGACAAUCGGACACAAGAAUUCAAUGAUAGUUAGAAUCUAGUUUUAUCUAGAUAGAUCUAGAUCUGUAUCUAAAUCUAGAUUAGAUCUAAAACUUUUACAAAUUUGUGAAGGAGAAAUGAACAAAUGAUGAAGUAAUGAAUUAUUUACAAGCAUUCAUUUUGAUGUUAUCAGUUCUGUGGUUGUCAGCAGUUGCAGAAUCAUCAAACAUAAAAAAUAUUGAACUUAAACGUACACUUCUAGGACAUGGAUUUCAUAGGGACCUUAUAACCAGACUAACAUUGCCACCUGGUAUCAGAGCAUCAUUAUCUAAGCCACAAUGUACUCUCCUGUUAAUAGAGACUUUACCGUCAGGAGUCUAUGCAGAUCCCUAUCAAUUAAAUUCAUUGAAGCUUUUUGGAGGUUCACAGAUUCUUUUUGAUUCUCCAGUCAAUGUUGAGAAUGCAGAGUUUUUGUCAAGGUCUCAUGAACUUUAUAUUUUUGUGAAUGUCAGUGACCAUUUCACAAAGGACUCGACCAAUCACACUGAAAUCGAUGUGCGUUUUCCUAUUCAUGCCAGAUACCACAAACCUUCCCCAGAUAAAACUCAUGCCACUGUCACAAUAUUACAUCCAAGUCUUUACUCUAAUUGUUCUGAGUCAGAUGUAACCAGUUCAAUUACUGCACCAUGUGAUUUGUCUAACACAUCAAUUUGUGACUGGGUUCCAUUGACAUACUUAAGUACGUCUACCCCAUUAACUCUGUAUGUGCCAGUUGGGCAGGAAUCACACAAGCCAAUUGUGAUCCUCGUAACUCUUCUAGUCAGCAUAACAGUUUCUGCGCUACUGGUAAAAGUCAUGUGGAUAUCUCAAACUGCGAAGCAUGACAAACAUUCCUAACACAUGUUCACUAUAGUAAAUAAUUACCACCAGUCUGUGAUUUCAUUCAUAUCAAAUGCACACUUAAAAUCAAUAAAUAGGUUGAUAAUUCAACUUUUUAUAAAUGAUACUGAUUUUAGUUAGGUAAUAAUGCUUAAGAUUGACUGACUAGAUUGACACAGUCAUAGAUUGUAAUGAUCUUUGUGAAGAAAAUGUCUGUAAUUUAUAAUAAGAACAUGAACUAAAUUAAGCCAAUGUAAUCAUUUUAAAUGCAUUUUAUUUUUAAUAUAAGUUUUGUUUAGGUAAAAUGUAGUUGUUUUCUGAAAGAUCUUAAAUGUUCAUUUUAUUUGCAAAUAUUGUGUCAUCUCAUUUGUGAUGUUAACUUAAUGAUGUUCUGGGUCUUUCCAAAUAUAAAAGAUAUCAAUAACUCUGUUGAAAUUACAUGCCCCAACAAAAUGUUAGCCUGACAUAAAAACUUUGAUGAAUUCAGAUACAAAUGUGAAUGAUAUAAAAUUCAUUCACUUGAUAGUUGACAAUUUGAGCUUUUCUAAUACAUUGGGCUAGAUAAAUAUUGUUUGAAUGUUAAAAGUUUACAAAAAAAUUUGUUGAGCCUUCAAAAGUUACUCAAGCACAGUAAAAUCGAUGGCUAAUUUUAUUUUAGUCUAAUUGAAUUUUUUGAAGAAAAAAAAAUCAACAAAAUGGCUUCCUAUUUUAUUGAUUAGUGUUGUGAGAAAAUAGUACACAGAGGUACAUGCGCUAUUGGGACAUUUAUUUUUUCUGUCCUAAUAGAUCUAGUAUUUGCCAGUGCCAUCUUAUUCUUUAUUAGACCUGAGACUUGGUAACUAGUGGAUAAUGAAUAGUGCGAUCUGAUUACGGGCCAGCAUCUGUGAAAGGGGAGUAAUUUGUAAGUCUCCCUUGCCAGUACCUAGCCUCUCCUCAGCAAGUCCUGCGGAGGACAGCAAGGCUGUGAGGAUAAUAUGUAAGGGUCUCAGCAGAGGUUAGGCCUUAAGAUUUGAGUCCCUUUGGUGUUCGUACAUGCCCUGAUGCUGACAAACCAGACCCCUAGCCACUGCCUUAUAUGUGCCCUUGUAGGGCUAUAAAGGGAGUAAACCUUAAUAGAAAAUCCUGUUUUGGAGCCCCAGAUGCGGGAGGACAGUGGUAAGACCACCGCUCUCAGGCAAACUCCUAUAGCCACAUGACCCCAAAUUAUGAUGGUGUUCCAUUCCUUUGGAUCUGGUCAGUAUGGAAGAGUGGCGAGUGCUGAUGUGUGGGCAGUCCAGCACUUUAAAAUUUUCUGCCCAGGCUUUCCCCCAGCAAUUUAGAGGUCACUCCAUCUCUGACAGUAAUGUCUCUGAAAAAAAGCACGUGGUAGUUACCAGAGACAAGUUCCUAACUGAUUGGCCCAAGCUGGAACGACACUGACCACUCCGACAGUAGGGGGGACUCUUCAGCCUCACUGGAUAGCUACUGCCUUCCUUAAGUCGAGCAGCCCUCGGACAAUAAAGUUCUAUCCCCACACAGCUUGCCAGACCACUGGGUGCAAUCGAAAAGCAAGCUGCUCAUCUCCACCUGCCAACACAAUAAAAAGAAAACCCUCAACAUUAAUGCCAUUUGCAAGCUGAAACAUACGACUAUGUGUCCUGGCUUUAAUACUGAUCAUGACCUCAUCAUUGGUAUGCGUCAGACUGCCAAACAAGCCGUUCUGAUAUGGACUGAAAGCUGCAGUAGUACAAACUUGAAUGUUCAGGAUUGAUGGAACUUCUCAUCAGAAUUGAACUCACCGCCAUUAUCAGUUAUCAGCGCCUUCAUCACUCCAAAUAUUCCUGCCCAGUUGGUCAUCAAGGCAUCAAUGACAUUAGACUUUUUUUUUUUAUUGAUUAGUACAAAAAUACUGUAUCUCGGCUAUAUAUCAACCAUAGACAGUAAUCUAGUAUUGUUUUUUGAUCCAUUACAACUUUUUCAUCAGUCUCUGGCGGUAGGAAAGCCACUACAGGUCGAGAUGAUGUCGUAGCUAAUGCUCUUCACAGUUCGCAACUUUUUUCUUCUGUCUGUUAUUUCCUCUCCAAAACUCUCGCACUUUAUGUUAGCAUCUAUAAAAAGUAAAGUCUAUCUCUCGGAGGGUGUGCGAACUGUAGCUUUCUAAUAGUCUCCUUCCUCUUUUUAUCUGUGGAUUUGUAUCGAGUAGUUUUACAGUGUUGACUUCUUCAAUUUUAAUCGUUUCUGUUUUGUCAAUCGGAAUACAAUAAUGGCCAGAUGAUAAGUUUAAGGCAACCUAUUGGCCAACUAUAACAGGUGUAUCGUUUUCCAAAUUCAUUUUUACUCCUGCUGUUUUCAUAGCAGAUCUGGAGAGUAAUAAUGGUAUGUCUGUUUCCACAGCAAUGGUCACAAGGUUAACAUUAUUUCCAGCCAAUGUGACAGGUAACUUAUAUUCACCUUUGGAUGUAAACUUUCCGUGUCCUUCUUUUUAUUGCGUUUUAUUUUGCUUCUAAAGAGCCCGAAAAUGCCUCCAACCAUGACAUUCCAGAAACUGUGCCACUGCAUGCGCUGUCCAAUACGGCACAGUUAAAAUCCUCAACGCCUAGUUGGGAAGUUCCUAAUGAUUUCCAGUGAACAGACAAGCGUCUUCUUCUUCCUGGUCUACAACAUUGAUCUUCUUCGACAUAUUUUCCCGACUGCCUGGAGAUUUAGGCAAAAGAUGUCUGUAUGAUCUAAAUGACUUACACUUUAAAACAUUUCCAUCAGGACCAACUGGGUUUAUAGUUUUAAGCUUCGUGUAACUGAUGUAAGUACGAAACCUCAGACACCACAUCUUCCUUGUCCUCCUCCUCUUACCUGAUGUCCAACUUUAGGCUUACAGUUACAUUUCGUCCGAUCUUUUCGUUAUCCAAAGACUUGAAGUUGUCACGUCUUUCGUAUCCAGCUGACCAUAAAGCCUCUUCCUCUUUUUCAGUCAAAAACGUUGGCUCGAAAUUGAUCCAUGCCACUUGGUCUUCCAUUAGACCUUUUUCUACCUUAAACUUUUGAAGAGAUGACUUCGCUUCUUCAACGUCUUCUAAUUAGCGUGAUUCAUUCCCGUCAAAACUUGCAUCUUUUUCAUUUUGUGUGAUUUUUGCCUUUCUGAGUAACUUGAAGGCCAGAAUUUCAGGUAACAGUUUUAUCUUAUUCUUUUCUAUUCUUCUAUACUUGAUGUCAAACUCUGUGAUAAAAAUUACAAACUCCUGAGUGGACUGAUUUUCACCCUGCUCAAAAUCUUCAAAUUCAUUGAAUUAGUGAAUACUGUCUGCCAGAUCGUCUUUGACCAGGUUCUUGUCAAGAAACUUCACAGCCUUCCUGACACUUGAGCUUUGACUCAUCUAAUUGUUCAAAAACCUUCUCUCUUAUCCUUGAUUUACCGCUUUAAGGUAAUGAAAGGGCUACUGCUAUCGCUUUUAUUCUUAUCCUUUAGGUCCGUUAUUUCAUUUCAAGCUGGCAAAUCUCCUGUUUAUAUCAUUCAUAUGGCUUUGCUUGAAAAAAAAAAGAUGGGAUCUCUAUUGUAAUAGCCAUAAUCACUUUAAGUAAAAUCUGCUACCACUUGUUAGCUAAAAAUAAUACUUACUUAGACUUACAUCCUCGCGGCGGCUAGCCAUCUCCAUAAAGAUCUGUCACUGGUAAUGUCUGAAGCCUCUUUCCACUUGGUGUUCACUACCCUGAGAUCCUCUAUGAAAGUGUGGCACCAAGUUAUACGAUGACGUCCCUGUUUGUGCUUUCCUCGUAUUGGCCUCCAUGUCAUCGCAACUCUCAUUUUUUAUACUGCUCAUAAAUAGGUGUCGAUUGAGAAACUGUUUAAUGUGGCUACUUCUUUUUUUCCCCACUCAAGUUCGAUGUGAGUAUGGACUUGUGACAAUAGUGUUAUGAGUAGAUGGGUAGAAUGGUCUAUUGAUAGUGUUAUUGGUAGAAAGAUAAGAGGAGCUUAUCAGUUGAAAGGUAGAGGAGAAUAUGCAUCAACUGUUUUGUAUAAUGCUCUGAAAUAUUUGUUGCUUAUCGCACUUCUAUUGUAAUUGUAUUAUUACUAUUAUUAUUUUGAAAUUGUCAAAAUUUUUGAGUAUAAAAUAUCCAACUAUGA